AUGCUUGAGCGCAGGCCGGAAUUCGAGAGCGGUACCACGCCGCGGCUGACCGGAUCGCUGGAUGGCAAAUACAAUUAUCUGCCACUUGGCUCGAGAAAACCGUGCUUGCACGUCAAGUCCUGGUGGCCGAACCUCGAGUGGAGGAUGCACAAUAGCAACAGUCUGACUUUCAUGGCUGAAUUCCUCGAGCAGAAGUUGGAACAACUGGAGGGUCUGAUGGCGUUGGAGGACGCGAAGGCUUACAAGCUGUACAACGAAACGAUCCGUGAGCUUAAGAGCUACUGCAUCCAUUAUUUGCAUGUGCUGGACGCUGGCAGAUACGACGAAGAAGGAGGCACUACAAAGCUCGAUCGACAUCGUGUAAACCUGUGCAGGGAUGAGAUCGAGGACAUCCUGAAAAUGAUCAAGAUCAACGGGGAGCUUGUCAACAAUCGGUACAUGAGGAUCGCCAUGACACACGCGUACAAGUAUCUCGGCAGGAUGAAAAAGCUGAAGGAAGACGUUAUUAAACAGACUCUCGAUCCUUUCUGGGAUCAAACUCUGAUCCUGCCGCCGAGAACCGUGCACGGGACGAAAGAGUACAUUAAACUACACCCACCCAACGUGGUCCUGCAAGCUUUCGACCAAGACAUAUGCGGCACCAAGGAGUUCUGUGGAAGAUGCACAGCCAUUCCAUUAGUUAAACUCGCAGCGGAAACUUACUCGCCGCCUGAUUUCCCUCCGAAACUUAAGUGGUACAAAUUUAAAUCGCAAAGGGAUUGCAGCGGCUCCAUACUCGCUGCAUUUGAGCUCAUCGAGGUUGAAGACGACGAAACAGUCGACAGGACUAUUAGUUCUUCGUUGCUGGACGUGGUAUACAACAUACCGGAGGACAUCAGGCCGAAAAUGGCGAGUUACAGGCUCGAAGUUAUAUUUUGGGGUGUGCGGGACAUGAAGAAGAUAAAUUACUUGCCUGUGCUUAAACCUCGAAUUAUAAUAGAGUGCGCGGGCGUCGAUGUCAAGUCGGAGGUAAUGGAGAACGCCAAGAAAUUUGGCAACUUCGUGGAACCGCACAUCCUCGUCGACUUGUCUAUAAAUUUCCCUAAGGAUAUGCCGGAGCUGAGUAUUUACUACCCCUCUGUAACAAUAAAAGCUUACGAUUCGCGGGGAUUUGGCUGCUUCAAGUACGCGGGGAUUUGCAUCAUACCGAGCGUUUACGUCUUUCUAGAGCAGCUAAUAACCGAGGAGGAUUACGAUGCGCGGAUACACGAGACGAAAUCGAUUUUGAAACCGUCCUGGACGAAGAAACAAUCCACCACCAUUUUGUCCCUGCCGAUCGACUACGACCCGUCGAUGGACGAGAAUAGAGAAUUGAUCCCCUACAAGAAGAUGGCCGGGAAAGAUUUGUCCUCGAGGCUUCGGAAAAUCCUGCUGUCCGUAAAGAAGCUAUUCGCACGUUUCCUGGGUAGGAAGAAAAGGCGAACGAGAAUGGAGGUUCGAGGCGGGAACGAAGACGAGUCGCUGGAUUGGUGGAGUAAAUAUUUCGCUUCCCUGGAGGUAUACGACGGGGAAUUGGAGUUGCAGCCGCAGUUCGCUGGAUUUCAGGAUCGACUCAGAACGUUCGAGCUCUGGAAGGGACGCAAGGCCGAGAAUCCUGAUUACGACAGCGAAAAUUACGUUGGGAAGUUCAAGGGACGCAUCUGCGUGUAUCGUUGGCCACACCCGGACAAUCUGCCAUGCAAAACGAGAAGCGGUCGACCCGCUGUUAAUGGUUUGUGCGACGAUUAUCCGUCUUCGGAGCCUGUCAGACUUCUCGUCCGGCUAUACGUCGUUAACGGCAUCAAUUUGCAGCCUAAAGACCCUCUCAGCGGAAAGUCCGACCCUUAUUUGUGCAUCAAACUUGGAAAAACGUACGUCAACGACAGGAAGAAUUAUAUACCUAACCAGCUGAAUCCCAUGUUUGGACGGCUCUUCGAGAUAGAAGCUACCUUUCCCCAGGAUCACACGCUGAUCGCCCAAGUAUGGGACUACGAUGCCACUUCUAGCGACGAUCUGAUAGGGGAAACUAAAAUCGACCUGGAGAAUCGAUUCUACAGUGGACACCGUGCCACAUGCGGCAUUUCGAGGACGUACAAUGCCGAGGGUUACAAUUACUGGAGAGAUCGCGAGAAACCGACACUGAUACUCGACAACCUGUGCAAGCGAAACAAUCUACCUUCGCCGGACUAUAGAGAGGAUCACGUGAAAAUAGGACGAAAGAGAUUUCGUUACGUCGAUGUCUAUCUGAAAGACGAGGCUGACAGGGAAGAAUGCAUGGCAUUGAACGUGCUUCAUCAGUGGCAAGACUUUCCUAUUUGCGGGUGCGCCCUGGUGCCCGAACACGUUGAAAGAAGACCGCUUUUUAACGCUGCGAAGCCUGGUCUGGAGCAGGUUAUAAAAAAGAAUGAUUUUGUUCAUUUGGUGAAUGCGGAAUACGUGAAUAGGGGGAUAAGGCUUUUGUUGCUAUCGAGGAAAAGCGAUGCCAUGAACCCGGUUCACGAAUCGAACGCUCUUGCAGCUACCAAAAUAUUCACUAGCCUGUUCUGGAAACACGAUAUGCAUCCCCGAUCGAUGUUUCAGGGUAAACUGGAACUUUGGGUCGAUAUGUUUCAAUUCGACGAGCUACCUCCGAAACCGGCGGUAGACAUCAGUCCGCCAGUGCCAGAGGAAUAUGAAAUUCGCGUGAUCGUUUGGAAUACCGAAGAUGUGCCACUCGUCGAUAGCCAAUUCCUUACCGGAGAGAAAUGCUCAGACAUUUACGUGAAAGGGUAUGUCCGAAAAUGGCUUCGUCGAGGACUCUACGCGAGGAUCGAUUCCAGCUGGAUUUUAUACGACGAUUACCAGAAGACCGACGUUCAUUACAAUUCCCUGAACGGGGAGGGUAACUUCAACUGGCGAUUCGUAUUCCGCGUCACGUACUCGAAGGGCGAGCGCGUUAUGAUCGUUCGCAGAAAGGUAUCCGUCUUCGCCAGAAGCGAAAUCGAGGACAAACUGCCCUGCAAAUUACAUCUGCAAGUUUGGGAUAGUGAUCAUUUCUCUCCUGACGAUUUCCUCGGUAAACGAGCUCUGACGUUGGAUCUAUCCAGGAUGCCGCGUGGGAGCGGAAAUUCGAAGAACUGCACUAUGAAAAUCCUCGAUCCUAAUGCACCGACGACAGAUCUUUUCAAAUGCGUACACGUAACUUCACAACAUUCGUUAACGUUACAAAUGUAUCAAAUUAUAUCGGAGAUUCACGUUCAAAUUCAGGGGAAAAUCGAACUAGAAAUGGCGGUAUUGACUGCAGAAGAAGCGGACGAACACCCCGCGGGCAAGGGAAGGAACCCUCCUCAAGAUCUUCCUCCACCAAACCGACCGGAUACUUCAUUCUCCUGGUUUCGAAAUCCUUGGAAGGCGUGUCGAUUCGUGGUCUGUCGCUACUACAAAUGGAGGAUAAUAUGCUUCUUCGUUUGCCUGCUGUUCGUGUUGCUUUGCGCAUGUGGAAUAUACGCUUUCCCUGGCUACAUGGUCAAGCGUCUUCUAGGAGCCUAA